UUAAUUAAUAGUAGUUAUAAUUUCGCAGUGUAGAUCAUAUGUACCGAUAUAUACACGUUUUUUUAAGGUUAACUAUAUUUUGCACAUUACUACAAAAUUUUGUAAGAUGGUGAAGAAAACCGCCACUUCUGAAGAUAUGAAUAGCAAUAAAAGGAAACCUUCAAAAAUCGUUACCACCGAUAUUCCAAGAGGUAAACCCAAAUCAGGUCGUAUAUGGAAAACUACAAAGACACGUUUUUCUUCAAUCAUAAAAACAAAGGGCAUUCGUAAUUCGUUUCAACAAAAGCAAUUACUUCGUGAAGAUCUAAAACGUACAAAAGAAGCGUCAAGAUCUAUUAAAGCACAAAAAGAGGAAGAGAAGGAACAGAAAAAACAAAGAAGACGAGAGAACUUAAAGAAACGGGAAGAGAACAGUAGAAAAGCAGAAAUUGUACAAGUCAUUAAAAAUCCUAACAAAAUUAAGCGUAUGAAGAAAAAACAAUUACGUAGCAUACAGAAACGUGAUAUUAGCGAACUGAAUAAAUAAUCUCUAUGUUUGAUUAAA